GCUGAAAAGGGAGUUCAACUUUGAGACCGUCACUCUCGUUUUGUCCACACGCUGCAUAGUAACCAUGACGAUGAGUGGCUUCCUCAACGUCCGCAAGCCUGCGGGGCUCACGUCGCAUCAGUGUGUGGGGGCCAUGCGCCGAGUGUUCGACACGCGGCAGGUCGGACACGGCGGGACACUGGACCCGAUGGCUACGGGCGUCCUUACGCUGGCAGUGGGGCGGGCAACGCGCUUCCUGCAGUACUUGACUACUGGUAAAGAGUACAGGGGCGCGAUUCGACUGGGUGUCACCACGGACUCGGACGAUAUUACGGGCGAAGUUUUAACGCAGAAGCCGGCACCGUGGAUUGAUGAGGAAAUAGUUAAUUCAACGCUGCAGAGGUUCAUUGGGGAGAUCGACCAGGUGCCACCGCGAGUCAGCGCCAUCAAGAAGAAUGGCGUGCGGCUGUACAAAUUGGCGAGAUCAAAGAAGGACUUUAAAGUCAAGCCGAGACGAGUGAAUAUUGAGAGGAUCGACGUUCAGAGCUUUACUCAAGGAGAUUUUCCGGAGGUGGAUAUUAACGUCGUCUGUGGAGGGGGCACCUACAUCCGAUCCAUUGCACGGGAAUGCGGCGAGGCACUAAUUGUACCACCCGAGUACGUGGACUCGACGUGCACAUUGCGCAAUCCUGCAGGCGAAUGUUGUGUCGGAGGAACGCUGACUGAGCUAGAGCGGACUCGAAGUGGGGCUUUUACCAUCGCUGACAGUCUCGACUUCGAUGAGAUCCGAUCCAAAGUAGAGCGUGGGGAGUCUCCACUUCAACCGAUCGAGAACAUGCUCCAGCAUCUCCCUUUUGCUGAAUUGCCGUCCAAAACUGCCCAGUACUGGCUGAAUGGCGGCAGUGUUGCUACCCCAGCAGAAGAUAUCGAGUUCGUGGGCCACAACCGCUUCAACCUCACCAGCGGUGAACCCAUUCGCAUUUACUCAUCAUCGACAAUGCUGGGCAUCGCUCAAGUGGAUCCGCAAGCUCAGCACAAGGUGUACGUUCUCAGGAAGCGUUUAUUCAUCUAAAAAGUUUUGCAGACCCGCGGCCAUAAUCGCCGCAAACAUCUCGGGGUCGAUAGACAUCCCAGGGCCGCCGGACGCUGGCCGAGACGGCUUCUGAUCCUCCUGAGCGUUCUCAUACGCAUACGCUGUCGCACCAGUAGGCUGUACCAUGGUUCUAGCUUCGUCAAAAUCAGCCAUCGACAGAGGACGCAUCGUAGGAGGCUCAGGUUGAGCUGCCUCAUCGUAGAUUUGGG